GGUCAAGAGAGUCUGGAAGAAAUUUAAUUUUUGAUUGAAAAUAAAUCAUGAGUGAUGUAAUUUGAUGUUACUUAUUAUUAAUUUUGUAUUUGUUUGUAUUCAUUUCGGAUACAUUUUGAGCUACAAUUUUCUGAACUGCAACAUCACUGCUUAAAAAUCAAGCAGGCCGUGAAUUAUCACAUUCUAUUCUAACCUAAAAAUAAAUUUACCUCAUGUCAAUUUUCAUAUCGCUAUCGCUACUUGGAAGUGAAAUGUAUUUUUCAACAUUUUAAAAACGAAUAGUAUUUGUUUAUAUUUUCUGUCUAUAUUAUCAACAUGAAUUUUAUAUCUUGUGUUAAGUGGGUUCAUCAAGGAGUCGCCAAGAGCAACCCAGAAAAGGUCCAGCUUACACCAGAGGAACUUCAAAACAUCAUCGACUCCACCAAAAGUGAAAUUGAAGAUGAAUUUGAAAAAGAAGGUGGCGGCGAAGAGACUAUGGAGACUGAUGAAGGUGACGUAUACAACUUUGAACGAUAUGACAGAGAAGAAGAAAACCCCAGUAUGUUGAUGGGGAUUGGUAAUUUGGUAGCUGAUGAUGUUGACAACACUCCACCUGUUAACAAUGACCCAGACAGUGAUGAUGAAGACGACAUAAUCAAACCUACGGACAAUCUCAUAGCAGUUGGACACAUUGAAGGUGAUGCUAGCGUUCUAGAAAUUUAUGUUUACAACGAUCAAGACGGUGAUUUGUAUGUUCAUCAUGACAUUCUACUUCCUACAAUGCCGCUAUGUUUGGAGUGGCUGAGCUAUGAUCCAGCAGACCCAAAACCAAGUAACUUGAUGGCAGUUGGAGGCAUGUCUGCGGUGAUCGGUAUUUGGGAUCUUGAUGUGAUUGACUGUUUGGAGCCUGCUUAUCAAUUGGGGAAGUUUUCUGUAAAAAAGAAACGCAACAAAAGUCACGGUCAUAAAGAUGCUGUACUGGAUUUGUCGUGGAACGUGAACUACAAGCAUAUUUUGGCAAGCUGCUCGGUAGAUAAAACAAUUCUUCUGUGGGAUUUGGAUGAGGGGAAAGCUUCAACCACUAUCAAUCAGUUUUCUGAUAAAGUCCAAUGCUUGAAAUGGCAUCCAGGAGAUUGUCAUUCAUUGAUUGCUGGUUCAUCAGACAAAACGGCAAAAGUUUUUGAUUGUCGUCAUGACGAAACAACAACAACCUUUCAGUUUGACGAUGAGGUGGAAAAGGUGAACUGGUGUCCAUGGGAGACUAACCGAGUUGUGAUUGGUACUGGUCAAGGAAGUGUAUACUGCUAUGAUCUGCGCAACCCUCAGGUGAAAGUGUGGGAAAUCAAGGCUCACAACGAUGAAAUAACCGGAUUAGAACUCGACUCCAAAACACCAGGACUCCUCUACACAUGUGCCAACGAUGGUUUCGCCAAAGUAUGGGACAUAAAAUCGUCUCAACCAAACAACAUACACUCCAAAUGCUACAAAGUGGAUGAAAUCCAAUGCCUGAGUAUCAAUCCAAAUUUUCCCUACGUUGCCUGCAUGGGUGGAACAAAUAAGUCCCACAACUUCAGAGUGAUCAACUUUCAACAUGAAAUGGCGAAAGAAGAGGAAAAUACAAACAAGCCAGCUCCUUCCACGUCGUCCAAUGUAGAAAUUCCAGAGUCUGCAUUCAGCUCUCUGACCCUCAAAAGUAGUAAGCCUUUUAAAAGUAAAAAGAAGUAUGGACAUAAAUUUAGAAAGUAAGAUUGAAAUAUAAAUAAAAUGUGUUCUAUCAAUGGCUGAUUUUUUAAUUGGAAAUUAUCAUUUCUGUGUAAUUUGAAGGUUUUCUUUAUCUCUAGUAAACUUGGUUUAUAGUA